AUGAGCCCCAAAGCUUUACCAGAAAGCGAACAGAGUGUGACAAGUAGUACUGUCGACUCCUACCGGAGCAAUCAGCACCCACCGCUGUGGUUAGCCACAAAAAAUGGGAGGGAAGAUGAAGUGGAGUUACAGCUUAGUAUGGAUGGAUGGGACAAAACCAUGAUAGACCCAGAUGGCAGGACAGCGCUGUGGUGGGCCGUAUCGAUCGGAAAAGCAAGGUUAGUUGAAUUGCUGCUUGCGAAGCGGAAAUUCAACAUAAGCGAUAGACCUAGUGGUCAUUUUAAACUGUUGCAUGAGGCUGUACUGUCCAAGAACAUCGCUAUAACUCGACUCCUGCUUGACCAAGAUGGGCUGGAUGUGAACGUCCGUAGAAAGAGUCGACGGGGAGCGACACCGCUACAUUUGGCCACGACUCAAGGCCUGGAAGAGAUGGUGAAACUACUGCUUGCACAUCCUGGCGUUGAUGUGAAUGCUCGAGAUGAUAGCGGUGGAACUCCACUACAUGUAGCUGCGGACAAGGGUUCUACGAAGAUACUAGUGCUAUUGCUUGCACGUCUUGGCAUCGACGUAAACUCUCAAGAUCGUAGUAAUGAAACUCCACUACAUGUAGCUGUGAGGCGGGGUCAUAUCGAGAUAGUCAAGCUAUUGCUUGCACGAGCCGACAUCGAUUUAGCCCCACGCAAGUCGCCUCGUUCAACUCCACUUUACCUAGCCGCGAGAAACGGGCAUGAAGAUUUGGUAGACGUUUUACUACAUACACCAGGAUCGGAGACCAUGUUAGGUCAUGGUCAGGGCAGUCACCGUGGCUCACCACUACAUGCAGCUGCAGAGCAUGGUCACAGAAGUGCGGUGAAGCUGUUACUUGCGCAUAACGACACUGAUCCAGGUUCACGGGACGAGGAUGAUGCAACUCCACUGCAUCUGGCUGCGGAAAGAGGGCACAAAGGUGUGGUAGACGAACUUCUGACUACUCCUAAUAUAGAGGCCAUUGUGAAUCUUCGAGAUAAGGACGGUCAAACGCCACUGCAUAGAGCAGCGAUUCGUGGACAUGACGAGUGUGUCAUUGCGCUUAUGGAUUGUGCAGAUGUGAAUGUUCAAGACCAAGACCUCUGCACUCCUCUAUCUAUAGCCGUACAAGAAGAACAUCAUAAGGUGGUGGAAUGCCUGCUCAAAAAGCCUGGAAUUCUCGUACAUGAGCCAGACCAGGAUCAAUUUACACCGCUGCACAUAGCCCUGGACAUGCGCAACGAAAGCAUUGUAAGGCAACUUCUAAACGGUUCCGGCUUCGGCAAGACCCCAAAAGACAUACCCAGAGGUCUGCUAUCUUGUGCCACUCAAACAGGCAACAUCCCGAUGUUAAAGCUGUUGUUGGAACGUCUUGAACCCAAUGUUGUCGCCGCGAACAUCAAUGCCCUGGACGAAAACGAACAAACGUGGCUGUGGUCAGCUGCAAAACGGCGAGACAACGGUGUGAUGGAAUUGCUCAUUGCAAAGGAUGUGGUGACCUUGCGUCUACUAGUUCAGAAAGGGGAAGCAAUUUUAGUGGGGGUCUUAUUAGAGGCUGGCUACAAUGUCGAUACCAGAGACCAUCUCGGUCGCUCGGCCCUACACACCGCAACAAUACUUGGACACUUCGACAUAGCGAAGAACUUGGUAUCGUUUGGUGCGAGUGUCGAUUGUAAAGAUGAGCGAGGUAAUACAGCAUUACGCCUAGCAAUAAAACGAAAACGCUGCAACAUAAUCGACAUGCUCCUUGAGAGUUCUGCAGACACGACUGGGGUCACGACAGAUGAGUGGCUUGAUUCGUAUGACAGAAAAAUACCAGACGCUGUACAUCUGGAGCAAGAGCCGAGUGGAAAGAAGACUAUGAGUUUCAUUGAAGCAGCGGUGAUUCCAGAUACGAUCAGGCAGAUGCAUAACGCACCAAAGACAGAGACUCGUCUCAUACUGCUGGCCAACGAAUUGCCUUGGACAAAUGGCCAACUACAUCCCUGCAUCAUGCCAAUACGGCCAAACAUGCUAGAGACAUCCGUCUCAAGUCCUUCCAGAAGUGGUAAGGUUCGUUUCUCGGUCGCAAUUUGGUUCCCUGCUGGCUUCGACAAGACGAACAAAAAUCACUUCAAGGUGCCUGAUCGAGGCACUUGUAGAAUCACAUGGAGCACAUCAUCAACCUCAAAUGCAAAUGAUAGAGCAGGGCGUAGAUCAACGGAUUACUUCAGCAUGCUUUCUAGCGGCAGCAUUCCUAAGGAUGGGCUCGAUUUCUUUGCACAAUUUCUAUCCCACCUGCGAGAGGUGUGGUUGCAAACCUGUGACCUAGCUGAGCAGCAUUUGACUGAAUGUCGCAUCAGUCAACUCAAGGAAGAAGGCAAUGACCGUGACCUUAUAUUUCGGCUCGCACAAAACGCGCGAACAUGGGCUGAUCUUCGUAAAAUAUUGAAGGAACAAACGAAGACUGCUCAAAACUUUGCUUCGAACUACUCUUCUCGCUACAAUGGAAACCAAGGCUCCGAUGAGGUGGAUAUGCUGCUAUCUGAUUUCACGACUACAAUAGGUGGGCGACUCGACGCGCUCGAUCAGACCGUAAGAGAUCUGCUGCAGCUGGAAUUCGCCUGGGUAUCGAUAAACGAUGUUCAUAGGUCGAUCAGUAUUGCUACAAGCACGAAGCGCCUGAGCUGGAUAACGUUCAUCUUUCUCCCUGCAAUGUUUACAUCGAGCCUGUUUGGCAUGAACGUCGAUAUCUUGAAAGACAACCCCGACUGGCGCUGGUUCUUCCUCGCCGGAAGCAUUUGUCUGGUCUCCACCAUAUGUGCUUGGCUCAUUUUCAAGUACUGUCCGAUUGAAUCAUGGAUCGAGAGAGAGGUGGGACAGAAGAUACGACGCGUUGCGAAGGUUUCCGUACAAGUUGCUGCUGAACGAAAAGGACUAAAGGAGCCGCAGAAACUACCUUCCUAA